AUGAAGACUCUCUCCUACCUCAGCCACGCCCUCUUGGCAUGCAUCCCACUUUCCAAUGCCCAUCCAGGUAUGGGUGAGCAAAUGCUGGAGAUGCGCCGCGAAGCUAACAGGAUCGAACGGCGAUCCUCAAAAGAACUCAUCGGCGAUCUGAAGACUCUCGCAGACUCAAAGCUGACGGCAAUCGGAAAAGACAUCAAGGCAAUCCUCCUCGACCAGAAGAAUGCCGAAUCAUCAACCAUCGACACCUCCAUUCCUGUUGGUGGGAUCGGCAGUGCAGCCUGCAAAGCUGACCUCUGCUGUCACUGGAAAUGGCUCUCGUACGAAAUGACUGCCAAGUUUAACGGUACAUCUGGUCGCUGCUCCAAGUUCGCCCGUCAAGCUGUUCGCCUAGGUUUCCACGAUGCCGCUGUUUGGACAAAAGACAGCAGCUAUGGUGGAGCGGAUGGAAGUAUUCUUCUCAGCGACGAGAUGUCUCGCGCAGAUAACAACGGUCUCGCUGCUAUUGCCGACCAGACGAACAAGUGGUACAAAAAGUACAAUCAAUACGGCUUGAGCAUGGCCGAUAUCAUUCAGUUUGGUGCCAAUGUCGCUACCGUAGUAUGCCCUCUUGGUCCUCGUGUCCGUUCCUUCGUUGGCCGCAAGGAUAACUCCAAGGCCGGCCCUACCGGUCUUCUACCUGGGGAGAAAGACUCCGCAAGCGUUCUCCUCAAGCUCUUUCAAGCCAAGACCAUUGAUCCUCAUGAUCUUGUCGCCCUUGUUGGUGCCCAUACGACGUCACAGCAGCACUUUGUCAAUACAGCCCGUGAUGGUGACCCUCAGGAUACAACACCCGGUGUCUGGGACGUGGCUUUCUACCCGCAGACUAUCAACAACCCGCCUCCAAGAGUCCUAAAGUUCCAGAGCGAUAUCAAUCUGAGCAAGGACUCGAGAACAAGCAGCGCUUGGACAGAGUUCAGUGACCGGAAUACCGGUCAGCAAAAAUGGAAUCAGGACUACGCUAAAGCGUAUACCCGUCUCUCCCUCCUCGGUGUGAAUAACAUCAAUGACCUAAAGGAGUGCACACAAGUAAUGCCAGUGCAGCGCAAUUCGUUUACUAGCGAGGAUCAAGUGGUGCUGGACAGGUGGCUGCAGGGCGAAUUCGACCAGUUGAACAACAUGGUAGAUGAUGCGAUCCAGCUAACUGGUGUAGUAACUGGACCUGGGAAGGAAUAGAGUAUGCGAAGAUACCUAGAGGCAUUGGAAUUGAAUAAGUAAUCUAAUAUAUUCAUUAACACUCGCGUUGAACACUCUCUCUCUCUCCCUAGCAGUUCCACUUCAUCUUGUCUUCACCACUGUUCGUCAGUCAGUGCCAAGCAAACAGUCACCUACACUGCGUCACAACACAAGCUUCGUUUCCCUCUCCAUCCAAAACAGAAUACACCACUCUCAAAAAACAAACAAUCAAACCCAAUAACCAAGCCAAAAGGCCUUCAAACGUACUUCUUCACCUCCUUCUCCACCCCACUGAACCCAACACCCUUCCAGCACAAUGGCACCCACCGACUCCUCCAAGGCAG